GCCAUCAGCUCCCAAACUCCACUUCAUCUCUUGCACAGUCACUCGAUUUCCUCCAACCAGGGAGGAGAGAUCCGCCAGCCCUCAUCUCAGCUCAUUCCUAACGUGGAAAAGGGACAGGAAAGACGCCAUAUCAAUCCGAUAGAUUCCAACAAAUCAUCUCCGGAUCAUUUUUUGAUGCCGAAUGCGUGUUAAAGAGCGCGUGCAGUGCGGCACACAUCAGGCUACUUUAUUGCCAUAGCAGCGGCGCGAGCUGCCUGUAGCUGGCACAGGAGCUUCAGCUAGCGACGGAACAAAGAAAAAACACACUAAUAUAACCGUCUGCUGAGCGAACUGCUUCCUUGUUUUCUGAGGAGGAGAAGGCAAGACCCUGAAGACCAAAACUGACAUGAUGUUUCCACAAUCCAGGCACUCGGCUUCAUCGCAGCAGCUGAAGUUCACAACGUCAGACUCAUGCGACCGCAUCAAGGACGAGUUCCAGUUCCUUCAAGCACAAUACCACAGUCUGAAGCUCGAAUGCGACAAGCUGGCCAGUGAGAAGUCAGAAAUGCAACGUCAUUAUAUCAUGUACUAUGAGAUGUCCUAUGGGCUGAACAUCGAAAUGCACAAGCAGGCAGAGAUCGUGAAGAGAUUAAAUGGGAUCUGUGGUCAAGUCUUGCCUUACCUGUCUCAAGAGCACCAACAGCAGGUUCUGGGGGCGAUAGAGAGAGCCAAACAGGUCACCCCACCAGAGAUGAACUCCAUAAUACGGCAGCUCCAGGCUCACCAGCUCUCUCAGCUGCAGGGGCUGGCGUUGCCCAUGACCCCUCUUCCUCUCGGCCUCAGCCAACCGGCCGGCCUCCCCGCUGUCACCUCCAGCUCUGGCCUCUUCUCCCUCUCCAGCAUCCUGGCCUCUCAGGCCCAGCUGGCCAAGGAGGAUAAGAGCACACGUGAGACCUCCGACAGCCACCGCGAGGAAGACGGAGACAAGUCCGACUAGUCACCCGCCAAACCUGCUCCUUCAUCCAAUCAUAAUCCAGAGCUCCAUGUAGAGCAGAGGCACUUGUUUCCCAUUUUCUUUUUCUUUGUUUUCCACUUUCCUUCCAUCUUUCUACCUUCCCUCUAAAUUGCUACUGUGUUCACAUGCCUAAUGUCAUUCGUUCUGGUUUAUUCCACCAGCUCUCUGUAUGUAUUUAUACCAAUCCACCUUUUUAUUGUGUUACGGAAGCUUGAUUUUGAUUUUAUUUACACUAUUUCUUGCCUGCGUAUAUGUAUAUAUCUAUAUAUAUAUAUAUUGUAUAUUUCUUACGAUCGUUGUGGAAAUGGUCUACAAAAUGGUGCGACAGUUAAUGGACCAUCGACCCUUUAGUAAUAAUUCCUCAGUUUUUUUGUUUUUUUUUGUUUUUUGUUUUCUGCUCACUCUCUUCCUUUUAAAAUCUUUCACCUUUUAAAGCCACAAUCUACAAUAACGGAGUCAAAAGCACUUUGGCCCCAGGCAGUAAUUCUGAGACUAAAAGCAACUUUGAAUCUAAAAACGUAACCGUGGCAUAAUCCAUUUAGAGUUUAAAGGAUUGGUGUUAUGUUCGAAGUCAUGGCUGUUGCAUCUUUCCUACCUUAAAGGGACAGUUCAAGUUAAAAUGAGGAUUUGUUUAAUUUUUGUCUUUCCAAACGUGUUUGACUUGUAUUCGUCUGUGGAACACAAAAGGAGCUAUUUUGAAGAAGGUUUGUGCUGUUCCUUUCCGUACAAUAAAAGUGAAUGGUGACCACAGGCAGCAAGCAAAAUUUAUAGUAAAUAACUUACAUUUCUCACAAAAACUUCUUCUGAACACUUGGAAUAUAGCACGAGUCAUAUGGACCAGUUUAGUUUAACUUAAAAAAAAAAAAGAUAUUCAAAAACUAGUCCAUAUGAUU